GCAGCAGACCGUCUGAAAUUCUAAAGAAAACUAUCCUACCCGUCGUCGACUAUCAAGUAUGCAGGAGCUUAUACCCCAAUGAGACCACACCUGAUAUUUUUUGUGCUGGCGAAAUCAAUGGUUUUACUGAUGUGUGUAGACUGGACGGUGGAGGGCCCGCUGCUUACUCAGUAGAAG